UUUGUCUAAUUUGAAACAUUAACAUAGUGAAAAAUUGGAAACAGUCUAAGAGGCCCUUUCCUGCUCUGAAAAAAAUCCAUCGGAGACCAACUUAAUUGGCAUAAAUAUUCCGGUUUAAGAAGUGAAAAUGUUACCACAUAGGAUGAAGAAAGCUGUCACGGAUAACCCGAAGAAGCUUGCACCGUUGAUCGAUCUUGUUAACUUACCUUCAACACUUAGAGAGUUUAUCGGACAGUCGAGAAGCUCUCGAUUAGGUUGCUUUCGACGUGUUUGGUCCUACAUUAAAGACAACAAUCUCCAGGAUCCAAACAACAAGAACAUAGUCCUUUGUGAUGAAAAACUGAAGAGUAUUCUGUUGGGCAAAACUAAGGUGGAUCUAACUGAACUUCCUAUGCUGAUCAAGCUUCAUUUUCCCAAGCAGCAAAAAUGAUUAUAACUGCGACGAGUUCAUGUGUAAGUCCACAUUAUGACAUGAAUUUAUACUUGUACUUUAUCGUUUUGAUCAUUGUAUGAUGUUAAACAACCGGUUCUACUAUCUCUGAAGACCUUUUUGAAACCAAUAUACGUCAGAUUGCAUAUCA